GCUUCAACGAUACUCGAAGUGGCUCACAAUUGAAUAUGACUACAACAACCAACAAGACCUUGGCCACGUCGGCGGCGAUCUCUCAGAUCAAUGGAGUCCACUCCGUUCUCGCGGGGGUGUUUGCGGGCUGCGUGACACGGUCCUGCACAUCGCCCUUGGAUGUGAUGAAGAUCCUCUUCCAAGUGAGCCAUCCCACCGCGCAUCGCUCCAUCCACCACGCAUGUCAACAGCUCUACGUAUCCGAAGGCAUCCGUGGCUUUUGGAAAGGCAACUUGGCCGGGUGCUUCCGGCUCGGGCCGUACGCAGGGGUGAAGUUUUGCAUCUUCGACACGUUGCAGUCCAAGUCGUCGGCAGCCAACGCGCCACACAUGGAGAAGGCGGUGCAUGGAGCCAUUGCUGGCAUGGGCGCCACCCUUGCCGUGUAUCCAAUGGAAGUGGUCCGCACGCGGAUCAUCAUGCAGGACGCCACGGCUUUUCGAGGCAUUCACGCGGAAUUGGCGCGCAUUUACACAAACGAGGGCGUCCGGGGGCUCUAUCGGGGCUGCCUCUCCGGCUUGGUGGGCUCGAUUCCGUUCGAAGGAAUCCAGUUCGCAUGUUACGAAUACAGCAAAAGCUACGCUGUGCAGCAGCGGUGGCCGGCGUGGCGCUGGCCAGAGCACAAGCGCCAGCUGAACUCGGUAGACCAUUUGAUCGUGGGGAGCUGGUCGGGGGCUAUUGCUCAGCUUGUGUCGUACCCGUUUGAUAGCGUCAAGAAGCGUCUGCAGGUAGACACCACAAAGCGGUACACGGGGAUGCUGGACUGCGUCAAACAAGUGGUCCGGGACGAAGGGGCGAUGUCGUUAUACCGAGGGACUUUGCCCAACAUGGUGCGGGUGGUGCCGUACGCUGCCGUCAUGUUUGCCUCGUACGAAGGGGCGAAAGAGUUCUUGUCGACGUUGUGACCAAAACAACAAACGUAUUGGAGUGCCGUUUACAGUUGUGAUUUCGUUUUUUAACUUAACAGGUGUGAUGUUGGGAUAACAUUACUGUAUCG